UGGGUUAUGGCCUAUACGAUUACAAAUUAGUAAUAAUUAAUGUGUUUAAUACAUUUUUUAAUUUUUGUGUCGUUUAGGUGUAUGGAAAACGAUAAUAAUUUCACGUGUAAAUGUUUAAUCAUAUUUAAUUAUUAAUAAUUCUCAUCUGUUGACUUUUUAUUAAUACCUUAAUUUUUCUCAGUUCUCAGUUCUUUGUACUACCGUAUACUAUAUAGUGUCUACCACAUAACAGUAUAUAAUACAUAAGGUAGAUUGAGAAAAACAUGGCAAUUAAAGACGAUUUUGUAUCAAAUAUAAGAAGAAAUGAAAUCCGUAUCCGCAAGAAAGAAAAAAAAACCAAAGAUGCUACUACUACCGCCUCUUCAAAAAGUUCAAUAGAUGAUGAAGAGUUUACAUUAUUAUUAAGAACAAUUGUAAAAAAAUUGAAGAAAAAAAAUAAAAAAGCAAAUAAGAAACAAUUAAAACAUGAAAAUGUGUCCAAUUUUAUCAAAGAUGAUGAAGUAAAAUGCAAUGUAUGCAAACAGUUAUUCUCAAAGAACUAUUUUGCUAUUCAUAUGCAAUCUCAUAAGGCUUCAUAUAAAUGUGAUAUUUGUGACAAGACAUUUUUUUAUCUUUCAAUAUUUAAUAGACACAAAGCAACUCACAAACAUGAUAUGGUAGUAUACGAGUGUAAGCUAUGUGAUAAAACAUUUAGAAACCCUAAUAAUUUAUCCAAACAUGAUGCACUUCAUGAACAAGAAAUUAUAAAAUGUCUAUUUUGUUUUAAAACUUUUAAGCAAUUUGAUGAUUUUCUGGACCACAUUAAUAUGUUCUCAUUUGACAAACGUUCUAAAAAUUUGACUAAUCACAUAAAAAUACACAGUGAAGGCAUACACUGUUUAUCAUGUUGUACAUGUAAAAUGAGUUUUACAGAGCGUGAUACCAUCAUAAAAUACAUCACCUGAUACAUUUCAUCAAAUAACUAAUAUUAAUUUGCAAUUUAAACAAUACCUAUAUUAUAUAAUGUUUAAAUAAAACAUGAUAUUAAUUGUAAUAUAUUAAUGUAUUGUAAUUGUAAUUUUGUUUUUUUUUUUUAUAAACUAUUUUCAUUUUAAAGUCUUGCUAAUUUUAUACAUUUGUAAUUUGCUUUAAAUAUUAUACCUACACACAUUAUUUUAACUCAUCUUUAAUAUCAAUUGAUUUAUGUUAUAACAUAUAGUAUUAUAAUACUUAAGUAUAGUAUGUAUUUAUUAUUUGUCAACAAAAUUAACAUUUUAAUUUUCAAAUAUACAAUACUCCAUUUUUAUGUA